AUGGGUCCAAUGUUCGACGUAUUGGAGCACCUGAUGCACGGAGUAGCAACCAAACUAGUGAACGCUCCAGCGGUCGGGGCCGGCCCAGGGAGCGUAGCGGCUCUAACAACCGGGAUGCGGCCUCAACAAUCGACUCGCGAAGCCGACGCCGGUGUCGACAUGACUCGCGCUCUGCCAGCCAGAGCCGGUCUCGAUCGCCACCUAGGCGCAGGCGGCGUCGCGACGUGUCCAACAGCCGCAGUCGAUCUCGAUCACCAGCUCGGCAUCGUCAGACUCGACAAUAUCGAGGCAAACAGAGCGACGGGAGGACAAGAGGGUCAGGGUGGUGGAUGUGGCGAACGUGGCGGGAGUCGUACUGGACAUGGAGGACGAGGCGGACGCGGCGGGAGAAAGAGAGGUCGGCUGUCAGGAGCUGCAUUGCAAGGAACAAUGACAGGGGAAGAGCAACGCACCGGUUGUUAUGACGCAAACGCCGAGGAUGUCACUCUGCCUGCCAAAAAGUUGAAGACACCUACAAGGACUGCUCGAAAUGAGUUACUUCAACAUCUCAAUGGCGCGUUUAAGCUAUUAUGUGGGGUUCUUGGUGACGAGAGGUGGCCGACUGAUCCCGAUGAGGAGCGUAAAAAUCCCAGGGCACCAGACGAGGUGCGGCGAGCUGUCACCGACCAUGUGUGGUCAGAGUUAAAGACCCCUGGCAAUCUUGGCGAGAAGCUGACCAAUCAAGCUGUCAAAUGGAACAAAGAGAGCCUCUUCGUGUUGUCAAAGACGACAUUCACAAGCUUGAAGGAAGUUUGGCAGGUGCAAAACAAUUCUGGACGCGAAGCUGCCAAGGCAAGAGACGACAGGGAGCUACGACGAUACCAGCGAAGAAAAGCAAAAGCUAGUCGGCUGCUCGGAGUGAUAGAUGAGUACAAGGAGGAGCAUCAUGGAAAUGAUCCCACCGAGAUGAUCAUCGCUGACUUGAUGUGGGAUGAAGAGUCGGGCCCUGAAGAGGGAUCAGAUGAGACGCUGGAGGAGUGGAAGGUGAUGAUGGCGAGGGGAAAGGGAGUCAAUCCACGUGGGGAUGCGUUCGGGACUGCAACAUUCCACGAGCUCGAGACAAUCCUCGCUUGGCUGCGAGCCAAGCGGUGGGAACUGCUGGACGUUAAGAAGAGGAAGCAGUUCACCACACACAUGGUCCACACCGACCGCAUGACUUCUCGGAUCCCAACUGAAGCGCCCUGGGACUGUUGUAUCAACGCGGAAUGGCAUGCAGAGAAUGUCAACCAACCUGAGUACGAGGUCUACAAGCUGGGGGACUGGUACAGGUAUGGCGACCCACCUGCGUUCAAAGCGCCGGGUCCUCCGCAAGAAUUAGCACAGGCCACUUCAAGCGGAGGAAAUGGGCAGCCCGGGCCAAGCGGGGGUGACGAGAGUGUGGAGGCGACGCCAAGCGAGAGCAGCGAGGGUGGACAGAUUGGACAAAAUGAGGGUGGUGAAGGUGCGCAGCAGAGGAGCAGUGAAGGAGGUGCGCAGCCGAGUGGGAGCGUCCAAGGAGUGGAUGUGAGGAAUUGGGCAGUCGGGUUGAUGCACCAUCGAGCGGGUGGGGCAUUAAGCAGUGACGGAGGUGAGUGA